AUGUCAUCAGAAGUAUCAGCAAAUAUUUCGCAGAUAGAGGACCUAAAGUCCCAGAAACUUAGUAUGGGGUGUAAGAUAUUUGUUAGGAAAGAUAAAUCCUUUCAAAAAGCGGAGAUUUUAUCGCUUCAAACACGAAAAAACCAACCAUAUUUUUAUGUUCAUUAUCAAGGCUUUAAUAAGCGCCUAGAUGAAUGGGUUUCUCUUUCAAGAAUAGAUUUUUCAAAAGAAAUCGAGUUUCCUAAGGUAGACAAAGCCAAGAAGAUAUCUAAGUCAAAUAUACAAAAAACAGACGAUACAGAAACAAAAAUAGAAGAUAGAACAAGUAAGAGACAUCGUAUAUGCAGAGAGGAAGUUUCGUUGGAUGCUUCAACGACAGGAUUAAAAGAAAUUAAGGAAAAAGACAAAACAUCUACAUUAAAGCCUAAAAAUGACAACCAAGAAGGUUGCUAUGCACAGGAAGAAAAAGAAGAUAUUAUGUUAGAUAUAGUUGAGGGUGAUCAAAUGAAUUGUAUAAAUAAGGGGCAGGAAAAAUGUUCAAAGACAAAUGAAAUUGAAAAAUUACGAACAUCAGGAUCUAUGGCACAAAAUAUCCAUGAAAUUUCACGUGUUAAGAAUCUUACAAUGAUACAAAUUGGUAGACACGAAAUAGAACCAUGGUAUUUUAGUCCAUAUCCUAUUGAAUUGACUGAACUCGAUCUAAUUUAUAUAUGUGAAUUUUGUUUUUCAUAUUUUGGAUCCAAAAAACAAUACGAAAGACAUAGGAUGAAGUGUACAUUACAACAUCCCCCGGGAAAUGAGAUAUAUCGCGAUGAACACAUUUCUUUCUUUGAAAUUGAUGGACGAAAACAACAUACAUGGUGUAGAAAUUUAUGUUUAUUAUCAAAAUGCUUUUUAGAUCAUAAAACACUUUAUUAUGAUGUAGACCCUUUUCUAUUUUAUUGCAUGACAACACGUGAUGAAUAUGGCUGUCAUUUAAUUGGUUAUUUUUCAAAAGAAAAAGAUUCUUCUGAAAAUUAUAAUGUUGCUUGUAUUUUAACUCUACCACAAUAUCAACGACUAGGCUAUGGAAGAUUACUUAUAGAAUUUUCAUAUGAACUUUCAAAAAAAGAAGGAAAGUUAGGAUCACCUGAAAAACCUUUAUCAGAUCUUGGUUUACUUAGUUACAGAGCAUUUUGGGCAGAUGUUGUUAUUGAACUUCUAAUGAAUACAAGGGUUGAAGUAACAAUCGAUGAAAUUGCCAAUAAGACAUCUAUGACAUCGCAAGAUGUUUUACAUACAAUCCAAAACCUUAGUCUUCUUAAAUAUUAUAAAGGACAGCACAUUAUAUGCAUAUCUGAAGCAAUUGAACAACAAUAUGAAAAAUAUAAAACAAAACAAAGAAGAAAAAUAGAUCCAAACGGUCUUGCUCACUGGAAACCCCCUGUUUUUAAUUCUACACAACUGAGAUUUGGUUAUUAA